CAAUUAAUAAGGUUGAUGCUCACGUUUAAGCGUUUUUUUUAAUCAAGUUUACAUUUAUACGGUGUGCGCCGGAGACCAAAACGCGCGCACCUCCCUUUCCACUGCAUAUCUGUGAGGUCACUAGCGCUAGCGGGUGUAUACUCCUAAGCUAUUAGCUUUUAAUAAAUAUAUGUGUACAGAAGGUUUAAUCAGAUACGUUGUGAACGAUGUCYGGAAGCGCAGGAGAGUGGUGUUUGAUGGAGAGUGACCCCGGGGUGUUUACAGAGCUCAUAAAGGGUUUUGGCUGCAGAGGRGCUCAGGUUGAGGAGAUCUGGAGUAUGGAGCCCGAGAACUUUGAGAACUUGAAACCAGUUCACGGGUUGAUUUUUCUCUUCAAGUGGCAGCCGGGGGAAGAACCUGCAGGAUCCAUUGUCCAGGAUUCAAGACUUGACCACAUUUUCUUUGCUAAGCAGGUCAUAAACAACGCUUGUGCCACCCAGGCCAUCGUCAGUGUUCUACUUAAUUGUUCUCAUCCAGACAUGCUGCUUGGAGACACGCUGACAGAGUUCAGAGAGUUCUCACAAAGUUUUGAUGCAGCUAUGAAAGGUUUGGCUCUCAGCAACUCCGAAGUGAUUCGACAAGUUCACAACGGCUUCGCGAGACAGCAGAUGUUUGAAUUUGAUGCGAAGUCGACAGCGAAGGAUGAAGAUGCCUUCCACUUUGUCAGCUACGUUCCUGUAAACGGCAGACUGUACGAGCUGGAUGGACUUCGAGAAGGACCGAUUGACUUGGGUACGUGCAACCAGGAUGACUGGAUCAGUGCGGUCCGCCCGGUUAUCGAGAAGAGAAUACAGAAGUACAGCGAAGGAGAGAUCCGAUUCAACCUGAUGGCCAUAGUGUCAGACAGGAAGAUGAUAUAUGAGAGGAAGAUCGCAGAGCUUCAGACUCAGCUCACUGAG